AUGACUACCACCACUAUGAAAGCGCUCAACUACCUGGGUCCUUACAAGGUCCAGGUUGAAGAUGUUGAGAAGCCAAAGCUAGAGCAUCCUGAUGAUAUCAUUGUCAAGGUCACCACAGCCGCCAUCUGUGGCUCAGACCUUCACAUGUAUGAAGGUCGAACAGCUGCAGAGCCUGGCAUUACCUUUGGGCACGAGAAUAUGGGCAUUGUGGAAGAACUUGGCGAAGGUGUGACAUUAUUGAAGAAGGGCGACCGCGUGGUCAUGCCAUUCAACGUCGCCGAUGGCCGGUGUCGCAACUGUGAAGAAGGGAAAACUGCAUUCUGCACCGGCGUGAAUCCAGGAUUUGCUGGCGGUGCUUAUGGUUACGUCGCAAUGGGUCCUUACCGCGGAGGCCAAGCACAGUAUAUCCGAGUCCCUUAUGCCGACUUCAAUGCUCUCGUGCUGCCUCCUGGAAAGGAACACGAAGCAGACUUUGUUCUCCUUGCUGACAUCUUCCCAACCGGCUGGCACGGUGUCGAAAUCUCUGGCUUUCAAUCGGGAGAAAGCAUCGCGGUCUUUGGUGCAGGCCCUGUCGGCCUUAUGGCAGGCUACUCCGCAGUUUUACGUGGCGCGUCGAACAUCUAUGUGGUUGACCGUGUUCCUGAGCGACUUGAGGCUGCCAGAAAGAUAGGCUGCAUUCCGAUUGAUUUUACAAAGGGGGAUGCUGUGGACCAGAUCAUUCAGCACAACGGCGAUAUGGUGGAUCGAUCAGUCGAUGCCGUGGGAUACCAAGCUGUUGACUCCAGUGGCUCUUCCGAAAGAGCGAACAUCGUUCUUGAGAACAUGAUUCGUGUGACUCGAGCUUGUGGUGGAUUGGGUAUUCCGGGACUUUAUGUGCCGAGUGAUCCUGGUGCAACUGACGCUGCAACUGCCAACGGAAUGAUCAGUCUUAGCUUUGGAAAACUUUUUGAAAAGGGUCUAUCACUUAGCACUGGACAGUGCAAUGUCAAGGCAUACAACCGAUACUUGCGAGACAUGAUCAUUGCUGGCAAGGCCAAACCCAGCUUUGUGAUUUCGCAUGAGAUUGGGCUUGCCGAUGCAGAGACUGCUUAUGAUAAAUUCGAUAAAAGGGAGGAUGGAUACACGAAGGUUAUUAUCCACCCGAACGGGGGGUUCUAG